AUGGCUUCUAAUUGUUUUUCUAGGGUCUUUAGCCGUGUCUGGGCUGUGGACACAUUUGGCAAGGUGGUGGGGAUGAGGUCUCUCGUGCCAGACCUCCACUCCGGGAGCUCCCCCGGAACGCUUAGAGAAAACCAGGAAUUGAGAAGUGCGCCCUCUCGCCGGCCCCAGGCGUGCGCUCAGGAGACGCCAGCCGACCUGCUCCUCCUCUGCCUCGGCCGGCAGGGCAGCCGGACGCGGUGGAAGCGCGCGAGGCUCCGUCUGCGAGCGCACCCGGAAGCCCGCGGUCGGAGCCUCGCCGGCGAUGCGGGCGCACAGCGCGUACCGUGGGCUGCUUGCUGGGAAUCCCUCCCCAGCUGGGGAGAAAGGCAGUUGUUUUCCCCCUGGCGGAACGCUCCACUUGAAACCGUUCCACCAGGGCUGUUCUCGCCUCCGACUCGGGGAAGAACUGUAAUUAACACAGCAACAAACGCCCACGACGCUAACUGGCAAAGGGAGUGUAACACGAGCCGCUUCUCCAACCGAACUGGGCCAAUUGCUUUCCCUUCUUGCCUCCCCAUUUGGUCUGUUUUUGGUUCCGCAGUCAUCCAACUGUGGCGUUUCUUAAAACAUGUCAGUGGCUGGUGUUUGUGUUUGGGGUUGAACAGUUUCACACACGUCGCUGGAGACGGUGCUCGGCCAGCUGCUGUGCUGGGUCUUCGCUUUCUGCGGCUCCGGGAGAGUCAGGUGGAAACUUCUGUGACACAUUUCCUGCAACUCCUCAGAUUUCACGGAACUCAGUGGCAGUCUUCUAAAGCAGCGACCAACUGGGUAGCAUAUCUUUGCACUGGCCUUCCUUCUUCUCUUUUGGCUCUCCUGUUCCUCCCUCUUGCUUCCUGAGAUCACUUCCAAAUACAAUA